AUGGAGUUGGGAAACGGCACCAGAGUAAAUGAAUUUAUAUUUCUUGGACUUACUGAGUCGCAAGACCUAAGCUUGGCCUUAUUUCCUUUUUUGUGCUUUGUGUACAUGACUACUCUUCUGGGAAACCUCCUCAUCAUGGUCACUGUGACCUGUGAGUCUCGUCUUCACACCCCCAUGUACUUCCUGCUCCGUAAUCUAGCCAUCCUUGAUAUCUGCUUCUCCUCCAUCACCGCUCCGAAGGCCCUAGUAGACCUUCUGACAAAGAUAAAGACCAUAUCAUACACAAGCUGCAUGACACAGUUGUUUUUCUUCCACCUCCUCGGUGGGGCAGAUAUUUUCUCUCUCUCUGUGAUGGCCUUUGACCGCUACAUGGCCAUCUCCAAGCCCCUGCGCUAUGUGACCAUCAUGAGUAGGGGGCGAUGCACUGCCCUCAUUGUGGCCUCCUGGAUGGGCGGCUUUGUCCACUCCAUUGUGCAGAUUUCCCUCUUGCUCCCACUCCCCUUCUGUGGACCUAAUGUUCUUGACACUUUCUACUGCGAUGUCCCCCAGGUCCUCAAACUCGCCUGUACUGACACUUUUGCACUUGAGCUCCUGAUGAUUUCCAACAAUGGCUUAGUCACUACCCUGUGGUUUAUCUUCUUGCUUGUGUCCUACACAGUCAUCCUCAUGAUGUUGAGGUCUCAGGCAGGGGAGGGCAGGAGGAAAGCCAUCUCCACCUGUACUUCCCACAUCACCGUGGUGAGCCUACACUUUGUACCCUGCAUCUAUGUCUAUGCUCGGCCCUUCACUGCCCUCCCCAUGGAUAAGGCCAUCUCUGUCACCUUCACUGUCAUCUCCCCUCUGCUGAACCCCUUGAUCUACACUCUGAGGAACCAGGAGAUGAAGUCAGCCAUGAGGAGACUGAAGGGAAGACUCAUGCCUCCUGUAAUGGAAUAGAGUAAGACUCUCCAACCUCUUCAUCAGCAAGGACCCCUUUCAUUAUUUUUCCCAUGGAGUCAUAUUUAUAUACUCAGAUAUAUUGUCA